AUGAUAUCUAAAUUUAAUAAAAACAAUAGUGUAUUACGUAAAAAGAGAAGCGUGAGACCUAAAUUACUAGAUAAAAGUGAUAUAAAAAUUUUUAAAGACAAUAUUAAUACUAAUCCUAAAAUAGGAUCUACAAAAUUAUCUAAAGAAAUUAUAGAUGAAAAGAAUAUCAAGGUUUCUCUUUGUAUUAUUCGACGUUAA